UGGGGGGGUCAGGCCUCCAUUUUUACCAGGGCGUCUGCAGCAGCUGUCCCCUGGCAUGUCAGCGGGAGCGGCACAGUAGUGAUACCAGGUCAGAAGCGAACUGAGGCUGCUGCGCGCAGGUUGAUUAAAGGUUUAUCUUCACUUUCUUCAUCCAGGACCUGCAGCCCGACCAUGGCGGAUCAGUACCAGUACAACACUAAUGAGGAGAAGUUUGUGAAGGACAGCCACACCAAAGAGAUAGAUCUAAUUAACAGAGAUCCCAAGCAGAUCAACGAGGACGUGGUGAAGGUGGAGUUUGAGGAUGUCAUUGCAGAGCCUGAUGGUACACACAGCCUGGAUGGGGUGUGGAAGCUCAGCUACACCACUUUCACUGUUUCCAAAUACUGGUGCUACCGCGUUUUGUCUGCUGUCUUUGGUAUCCCUGUGGCCCUGCUCUGGGGCUUCCUGUUUGCCUGCAUCUCCUUCUGCCACAUCUGGGCUGUGGUGCCCUGCAUCAAGAGCUGCCUGAUUGAGUCGCAGUGCGUGAGCCGCAUCUACUCCCUUUGCAUCCAGACCUUCUGCGAUCCCUUCUUUGAAGCCUUGGGCAAGAUCUUCAGCAGUGUUCGCGUGGCACUGCGCAAAGAAGUCUAAGAACUCCUGCAGUAGUGUUUGUAGCGUGAUCGGAUGAAGCGUGGUAUCUUUUUAUACACCAGAAGACCAGACUUGGCAUCUUGCUUGCUGCCUAAUACUCUUCCUCCACCUUGACAUGACAUGUUGUUCCCCACCCUCCCAGUGUCUGACUCAUCGAUCUGAAUCCUGACAUGCCCACUGUGGGUUGUGCCAGCAGAAGUUCUGUGACAGCUGAAGCAGGCAGUGUGGUUCUCCGACAGCUCUGGCACUUCUGGAGAAAGGCCCUGUCUAGAUACGACCGCCCUCAUGUAUUAUUUGUUACACAAAAUGCUCGGACAAUGUCUACUGGUUCACUGCACAUGAAACGAACUGCACGACACUGCUGUAACCUGAGGAUGCUGCUGCUUUAUUGAAUCGCAUUUGGCCAUCUUAAAAUUGAUGCUGUAUGAUCCUGCAUCUGGAAUUGUUUCACUUGAAUUAAAUGAAUGUAUCUUAUUGUUAAUACUU